GACUGUUAACAAAUCCCAAUGAAGAUGAUAUUUCCAGUGUUGCUGUUAGUGUGCACUCAGGUGCUCGGGGCUAGAGCAUUGGUCGCUUAUAGUAUCCGCCAACCUGAAUCGAGUGCUGUAGCCUGCAAUGACUCUGUAGUAGAGGCUGCUGCAGAUCUGUCCCUGAGGCAACUAAAUGGUAUCCGGAGAAAAGGCUUUGUAUUCGCACUCCAUCGCAUCACCGAUGCAAAGGAAGAGUUUAAUAUAGAGAAUGGUACCGUAUAUCAGCUGACUCUGGAUGUGGUAGAGACAGAAUGCCAUGUCUUGAGCAGGCAAUUGUGGAAAGACUGCGAACCCAAAAAAUUAAACGAAGCUGUAUCUGGUCAGUGCAAAACGGAAUUUCACAUUCACAAGCCAAGGAGAAUUGCCCACCUACACACCUAUAACUGCACACUGCGACAAGGGCCUCAAAGGCGUGGGUGCCCGGGAUGCCCAAUGCCCACACCAUUAGAUGAUUUCAGAUUUCUGGAAGUUGCAAAACUGAGCCUUAAAAAGUAUAACAGUGAGAACAAUUUCAACAGCUACUUUAGUCUUGCAAAUAUAACAAGAGGUAGAAUACAGGUGGUUGCGGGCCAGGCCUACCAUGUGGAAUUUACAGUUCGUGAAUCUUCUUGCAACAAAACCAAGUCACCUAAAGAACUUGAUCAGUGUGAAAUCCUGGGCAGUGAAGAUGCUGCGACUGGCUAUUGCAAGAGCUUUGCUGUAGCACACUGGAGUACACCUGACGACAAGAAAGUGCAACGUGUGUCCUGUCGUAUAUUUAAUCCUGAGGGAACUGAUGCUGAACAACAUUCACAUGAUGAUGGCCACCAUGAACAUGGUCACGGUGAUAAGAAGGGUCACCAUGGAAAGAAAGAAGACAAACAUGGAAAGAAAGAAGACAAACAUGGAAAGAAAGAAGACAAACAUGGAAAGAAGCAUGGGGAUUCUGAGCAUGCACAUGGUCACAAACAUGGUCACAAGCAUAAGCAUGGGCAGAAGAGCAGUGAAAGCCAUGAAGACCAUUCACGCAAUCGUACAAGCUCACACAGUCAUAAUAACAAGCCAAAAUUAGUUAGACCUGAUCCAAAUGCUCACACGCCAACUGGUAGCAUUUCAUAUGUAACCAGUGAAGAUGACUUCCCUGUCCCUGUAAAUCCUUCCAAUUCUGAACACUGCCCUGGACAAAUAAAGCAGUAUUCUCCUCCUGCAGUACCAGAAGCAGUACCAGAAGCAGUACCAGAUGCAGUACCAGAUGCUCUACCAAAACCAACCCUUAUUCCUAAAUAACCCGUUUUACAUACUGCUUGUUGUUGUUCACAAUAAAAAUAAAUAAGAUAUUAAAACAAA